GUGGAUACUGUUUUACCUGUAAAUGAGAAAAUUGUGUAUUGUUCGAAGAGGAAGAAGAGAAGAUUUUGUGAUCACUGCGAUCGUCUGGUCUCAAUCAGGACGUUUAAUGCUCACAAGCGAAGGAAGACCGUUGAUGAUGCAAAUAUUUUUGGUACUGAGUCAGUGUGACUUUGAAUGGUUGUUUGUUUUUGUUUGGUCGGCUUUUCAAACUUUGCUUGUCGAUGUUUUAUUCCUUUCAUAUUCAGGAACAACAUCUUAAUCUGUAGCUGUGUCUAAUUUUAUUUUUGAUCGUAGAUUACACAGAUGAAUUGCCAAUUCAGAUUCAAGCGACCUGGAUCUUGACUUUGUGUUAUCAAGCGAUGAAUGUUCCGAAGUUGCAGAAUUUGCCGCCGAAAGUCCAGAACUUCAAGGUAUAUAUUCAAAUAUCUAUUUACACCAAACUUUAAUGUUAUUCACCUUCAGAAUAAACCUUCUUUUAAAGCAAAGUUUGGGUGAGAUUGAAGUUUUGGGGGCUUGGAGUUUAUUGGCUUAUAAAGUGCAUUUUUGUAUUGCAGAUGUUAGCCCGCUCUAGGCUGGGGCUAGAUUUAAUUGCAAAAGACAACUUUUUUUUAUAAAUCAAAAUUCAGCUAGGCAGCUAGGCAGCUAGACCUGGGGGACACAAAAAUGCAGUUGGAUUUGCAUGUUUAUUCAUUGUUUGUGACCUAUAGGCCUCACUUUUAAGCUGAAAUAUAAGAUACUGUUUUACAAAUCAUUGUAAUUCCUCUAAGACAAAAUUUUCCUUACACGUGUUAUAAUUUUGUGUUCACGAGUUACCUUUUUAGCAUUGACAUUUAAGGUAACAGAUAUAUGAAUAGCUGGGAUUGUAAUGCAUAUGUUGUUGCAAGUGUCACUGACAAUAGAGAAUCAUGCAACUUCUUUUUUGAGUAAAAAAGAAGUUAGUUAUUUAUUUUUAUAAGCAAAAAUGCAUUAAAAAAAACACAGUUCUUGUUUUUUUGUUUUGUUUUGUUGUUGCUGGUGACUAAACCCGUAUUCUCACUCUCUUUUGAAGUGACCUAUAUUUCUCUUUAACCAACAGAUACACAUGUUUCUGGAAGUGAUGGCAGUAAUGGGUUGUCAAAUGCUGAGUCAUCUGACAGUUUACAAGUAAGCCAGAUGUUUUAAUUGUCUGACUAAUACAUCAGUAAAUAUCAUCUAGCCUGUCAUUAGCCUUUGCUGCUCAGUGGGUGCUGAGCAUGUGCAAAAUGAAGAGCUGCACUGACAUUUAUUUCAGGUCUAUUCUAUUUGAAAGGAAUUUGAACUGUAUUUGUAAUUAAAUAUUUGUAUUUUAUUUGUAUUCUUUUUUCUCCACUUGACUACAUGAACACAAUAUUUUUAACAAAUAGGUAUUGUCUUUGAAAAGCCCCUUUGGGGAAAGUCACUAAUGGAUGUAUGUAUUUUCCCUCAUUCCUUGUUUAUUAAUAUAAUCCUUAAAUGAAGGAAAAUGCAAAUCAUACUACAUGUAGUGAAAAUCAGUUUGACCUGAAAUUCAUUGCAAUACUCAACCUUACCAUUAUGCAUAGGUCACAUUGAUAGCGGAGCUCACAGAGCGUAGCCCUAUAAUUAUACAAAAUAGUAGUAACCCAUCAAGCCGAAAAUAUUUGGAUGUACAACCGUACGACUGUACAAGGUGCUACUUUUAGCAUGUGCGGCCAACUGUACCGCGGGCAUGCCAAAGCCACGGCUUUGUUCAGUAGUCCAGUGGUCAGUGCACUGGGCUCCGAGUUGAACGACCUGGGUUUUAGUCCUGGCUGGUGCAAGGCGUUGUGCCCUUGAGACGUGUGGGAAAAAAAAAUUCGAUUUCUGCUUUUAGGCUUGGCUAAAUCUAUAUCAGGGUGUGAAAUUAAUUUUUUUUCUGAUAGCCACUUGGCUCCUUAAUUCUUCAAAGUGGUGGCUAAUUCAAAAAAAGUUGGUCGCCAUUUUCAAAGACAAACAAAAUCUUUCUUUAUGCUGUCAGUGUUCUAGAUAGACCCUCCAAAAUUAAGAUAGGGAAAAGAUCUUUAACGUGCUACAAAGUGGACACUAGGAUGGAUGAUAUACAACAUUAAAGCUCAUGAAAAGAUAGAGGGGCCGCAGCCAGGAUAAAACAUCUUAUGAAAUUUAAAAAACGAUCUCUGGCUAAAACUUUUAAAAAUACGAGCUUUCGGCUGUUUGCGCUACAGCCUUCAACGGGUAAAAUGAUAAAAAGGUAAAAAAUACUAGGUGUGAAGUACAAAGUAAAAAUUAAAAAUGCUGAUAACUAAGAAUGUUUGUUAAAAAGAAUGUUGUAUUGUCCGGGCAAAGGACAGGAAUUGUUGUCCGCAUUGGGAGUUAACUUGGAAUGCCACGCUUCUAGUAUUUUUCUUGUUCUGAAACCGCCUUUGUCAAUAAUAGAUGCAUUAUCAAAGUCUAUUGCGUGACUAUUGGCCCAGACGUGAUUGGCAAUUCUUGAGCCUUUUGCCGCGGUUUUCACAUUUCUGAGGUGUUCUUUCUUUCUUGUGUUGAAGGCCCUGCCAGUCUCACCAAUAUAACACCAUGAACAGUCACCACAAGGAAUUUUAUAAACAACAUUUGUUUGCGAUUCCAAUGAUGGUCGAAAUUUUGGGGCUGGGAACUGUUGUUGAAGGGUGAUGAGUGGUUUGUUCACCACUGUGAUGUCAUGUUUUUUGAGGACACGAGUCAGAGGUUCUGUUAUGCCUUUAAUGUAUGGAAGAGAGGCGAACGACUUGCGUGAUUAUGAUAAUAAACACAAGGCCAGCACAGCAGCAACUCUUCUACACAGAGCCCUAAAGCUACCCAACUCCUCCGAAGGAAAAAAAAGAGAACUUAACCGAGUUUAUUCAGCACUUGAAUCUAAUGGUUAUCCAUCGAAUUUCAUUAAAAACAUCCAGGCCAACAAAACCCGACGCUCAACAGUGUUGUCCCGAGAGGAACUUGUUGGAACAUUUUUCAAGAUGGUCGAGGCUACCGAAUCAUGCAAGUUUCAGAACAAGAAAAAUACUAGAAGCGUGGCAUUCCAAGUUAACUCCCAAUGCGGGCAACAAUUCCUGUCCUUUGCCCGGACAAUACAACAUUCUUUUUAACAAACAUUCUUAGUUAUCAGCAUUUUUAAUUUUUACUUUGUACUUCACACCUAGUAUUUUUUACCUUUUUAUCAUUUUACCCGUUGAAGGCUGUAGCGCAAACAGCCGAAAGCUUGUAUUUUUAAAAGUUUUAGCCAGAGAUCGUUUUUUAAAUUUCAUAAGAUUAAAGCUCAUCUAAAUCCAAGAUGGCGUCUAGGUAUCAAUCGAGAUGCAUGUGCUACGUUUUGGAAACAAACUUAAUGAGGAAGUUUGCCACAGAUUUAUCUUUGCAAAUCUUUUUAAUUCACUAUAUUUCUUGGUAAGGUUAUGAUGAAACAUUCUAGUCGCCAAUUUGGUGACUAACUUUCAGGAUUUGGUCACCAAAGUGAAAAAUUUAGUCGCAUUGGCGCCUGUAUUAGGCCCAAUUUCACGCCCUGUAUAUAUUAGUGUUGGCCACUGUACAUGUAUUAUCUAUGGCAUUAUAUGAAAUAGUUAUGCAACACUUUCUUGAAGUAAUAUUACCAUGGAAUAUUCCACUUGUAACUUAUAUUCCACUCUAAAGCAUUGCAUAGCUAGAAUGUAUUUUGAACUUUUCCUCUUAUGUUGAAGGGGUAUUUAAUGGCAUCAUGGUAAUUUCAUGGUAAAAGAAACAGAAUGCUGCUGAGUGGGUAUUUUUUUCUUUUAAUAUUGGUUGAAAGGUACACAUUUACCCUUUUUUCUUUGUAGGGAGAGACUGAUGAUGAGGCUGAAUUGCAGUUUAAAAACCUACUGUCAUCAUCUGAGGAUGACGAUAUUAUCACUGAUGAGAGCAACACUAUGCAGAGUAAUAAUUUAUCAGUAUUGAGCAACACAUCUAUCAGUCUUAUAAUUAUUUUUGUCAUGACAUGGAAAGUAAUGCACAACUUGUCAGAUGCUGCAGUGAAUGUUCUGUUCUGUUUUCUGAAGAGACUACUGGAUCUAAUGGCUAGAAUGAUUCAUUGCAAAGCACUAAAACAAAUAUCAAACCUGCUUCCCCAAUCCCUCUUUAUGAUUAGAAAGUAUUUGGGAAUCAAUCGAGAUGAUAUUGAGAAACUCAUUGUUUGCCCAAAAUGCUCUUCAUGUUACAAAUCUGAGGACUGUGUACGAACUCUGUCAAAUGGAUGAAAGAAGGGUGAACGUUGCAGCUUUGUGGAGUUUCCCCAUCAUCCACAUAGAAGCCAAAGAAGGCCAAGUGGAGCAGCACUUUUCAAAACUGUGCACUCCAAACACAGAGAACUGAUUUUAAAAGCAAAAAGAGUCUUUUGCUACUGUUCUGUUAAGAAAACCCUGCAGGAAUUCCUAAAGCUUCCUGGAUUUUCUGAGAAAUGUGAGCAAUACAAAAAGCGUCCUCAAGAUCCUAACUUCCUUGGAGACAUUUAUGAUGGAAGAGUCUGGAAGAAUUUCAAGAGUGCAGAAGGAAAGCUCUUCUUUGAUGCCCCAAAUACUCCAACUGAAUAUAGAGAAAGUAUGA